AUGUAUAAUAUUGGCCGAACCGGAGGAGCUACCACCCACUUUGUCACUGAAGAUGGAAAAAUUCAACAGCAAGUUGACUCUCCUUUYAAUCUUAAACAUCCACAUGACCUUGUCAUCUUCAUGCGACAGGAGACCCGUGUCAACUACCUGAAGAAGUUAGAGAAGCAGCUUGUCGCUCAGAAGAUUCACAUUGAGGAGAAUGAGGACAGGGACACUGGCUUGGAGCAGAGGCACUAUAAAGAGGAUGCCGACUGUGUCACGGCUAAAGUACCCCUGGGAGACUUGGAUCUCUACGAUGGUACCUACAUCUCCCUGGAGAGUAAAGACAUCAGCCCUGAGGAUUACGUAGAUUUUAGGUCCCCUCUACCCCCGGAUCUGGAGAAGCCUGACUGUGCCAGAGUYUUUGAGCUCCCAUAUAGUAUCCACAGUUUCCAGCAUCUCCGGGGCGUGCAGGAACAGGUGAACCUCACAUCUCCUCUGCUCUCUAAAGAGGACCCCAUUUUUGGCUCCCUGUCCCACAAACUGGGCCGCAACAUGGACGAGGUGGGCCAUCGCAUCCAGCAGGGCCUGCUGAGGAACUCCUCAUCCUGGGUGCUGUAUAACCUGGCGUCGUUCUACUGGAGGAUAAAGAAUGAGCCCGGGCGGGCGGUGGACUGUGUGGUCCGGGCCCUGCACUUCUCACCCAGGUACAACAAGGACCUGGCCCUGGUGAACAUGGCCAACAUCCUGCACCGGGCCCACUUCUCUGCUGACGCUGCCAUCGUGGUUCACGCUGCCCUGGAUUUGACCUCUGACCUUCUCACCAGCCACUACACGGGCAACAUCUACGCAAUGCUGGGGGAGUAUAACCACUCAGUGCUGUGCUAUGAGCAGGCUCUCCCCCAGCCGGGCUUUGAGCAGGCCCUGAGGAGGAAGCACGCCGUCCUCUGUCAGCAGAAACUGGAGCAGCGCCUGGAGGCCCAACACAGGUCUCUGCAGCGCACGCUGAACGAGCUGAAGGAAUACCAGAAACAGCAUGACCACUACCUGCGUCAGCAGGAGGCCCUGGACAAAUACAACCUGCUGCAGGAAGAGCAGAUCCUCCGCAACAUCAUCCACGAGACCCAUGAGGCCAAGGAGGCACAGCUGGGCAACCACCAGAUGUGUCGUCUGGGCCAGCAACAGAGCAGCCUCUUCUGCCUUGACCUGCCGGUGCGUUAUCACCGCGGAGACCUGUUUGAGCACGUUCACCACAUCCAGUUUGGAGAGGAGGUCUCUGUGGCGGGCAGCGUUGCUCUGGUGUCGGAGCCGAGCACCAACCACACCACCAGCUCACACCUCCACCCCUCUGUGUCCGGAGACCCUGAGCCUGCAGCCCUCUGGGGCCACCAGGCCUCACCCACCGAAACUGUGCUGUACGGUYCCGSACCRCCUCCCUCCUCCCUGGCUUCCCCAGACUGUGGCCCUGUGCUCCAGCCCCCUCCAGCUGACCUGCCUGCCUCUGUGGGCUGGACCUUGGAGGACAAGGAGCUGCCAGACCCCCAUGCCACCCAGGUACUGCUGUCUCGCAGCAGAGGCUGGAGUUUGGAGCAGGCUGGUGCCAGCAUAGCCCAAGCCAUGAAGAAGGCUAGCGCCCCUGGCUGGUUGCUCCAGAACGAGGCGGCUUUGUUCUGGCGGGCGAAGGGUAACGGUACCAGCUCGCUGCAGUGUCUGCGCCACUCCCUGGCGUCGGCUCCGCCCACCCAGCGCAACCUGCCSCUCGUCAACGCUGCCAAUCUGCUUCUGCGCCACGGCCUCAGCGCCCACGCACACACUCUGCUGCAGGACGCCCUGGCACUCAACGCCUCUGAG